AUGGUCAAGGCUGUCGUCGCUGGUCCCAGCCGAGGGGGCGGCCAUGCUGUGCUCAUCCCGAGCUGGUUUGAGGGGGUUUCCCUCUUUAUCUGCUCAAACGGCUUCCUUGGACCAGCGGGCCGCGCCGCAACCUUGAUAGACAAGACCAUCUGGCCCUGCUUCUUCUUCCCAUUGGAAGAUGUUGCCGACGCAAGCAGACCAUCUUCUAACGGGCGAUCUACAGUUACUAUCCUCCGAGGAGACGCAAAGGUCUCCGGCACCGUCAUCUUCGAGCAGGACUCGGAGGGUGCCCCUACCACCAUCACCUACGACAUCACCGGCAAUGACGCCAACGCCAAGCGUGGCUUCCACAUCCACACCUUUGGCGACAACACCAACGGCUGCACCUCUGCCGGCCCUCACUGUGAUUGCUCGGCAGUCAACCCCUUCAACAAGACUCACGGCUCUCCCUCUGAUGAGGCCCGUCACGUUGGUGACCUCGGCAACAUCGAGACUGAUGCUCAGGGCAAUGCCAAGGGCACCAUCACCGACAAGCUUGUCCAGCUGAUCGGCCCCAACAGCGUCAUUGGCCGCACUGUUGUUGUCCACGCCGGCACCGAUGAUCUCGGCAAGGGUGACAACGAGGAGUCCCUCAAGACCGGUAACGCUGGUCCCCGACCUGCUUGCGGUGUCAUUGGUAUCUCUGCCUAA